CAAAUAGCCUCGCCCCCUAACCCGCGCCCCGGAAGCGCUUCUGCCGGGCAGCCCGGAAGCGGCGGUGGCGGCGGGGGAGGGGAUCGGCGGGACGGCUUAGUCGGGACUGACGUUAUGUUUCUGACGGUGGCGGCUUUGGCCAAGAGCAAAUCAAAAUAUGUUCUGGUGAGGAUGAAAAGUGCGGCUGAGACGGGCUACUGUUUCAACAUCAGGAGGCUCCGACUGCAGGAAAAACUGGUCCUGCUGAGAUAUGAUCCCAUUGCAAAACAACGUGUCCUCUUCACAGAGAAGAGAAAAAUCCGCUCUAUCUGAACAAUGACUGGACUUGAUUUAUGCACGAGGAGAGGAUGGUUUUGGGGGCGGACAGGGCAAAUGCUAAUUCAGAAAUCCAGCAACAUGGGCUGAAAAGAGAGGAAAUGAACUGGGAUCACCGUCUCCUGUGAUUUGAAGGCCAUUGUGAAUAAAACAAUGUAGAGAGAGAAAAUUCUUCAUGUCUGGACAUAGAUCAUCACAGUAACAUUUAUUUAUCUUUUGAGUUAUUUUUACAGUACUCAAUUAAAAAAAAUCAAAUAGCAAA